AACACUGAUAUACCAGGCCCCUCAAAUCUUGCUGCCCUGACAUCUUGAUUUUUGGGGGCCUGACUCCUGGUUUUUUAAUGCAUGGGGUUCACAAUACUGCACAAGUUCAGUUUAAGUCAGAGAGCUGCAGGUGCUGAGCACAUCACUGAAAAUCAGGCAAUAGGUCAUGUGGAACACCUAGUCAUUCAGGCACCCAAAUUAGUUGAUAUGACACUUAAAAGUUUUAGCCUGUGUGAUUCACUCAGGAUCACACAGCAAGUCAGUGUUAGAGUUGGGUCUCCUGCCUCCCCUGCUCUUAUCACUUAACGCUAUCUCCUAACCAUAUGCUGCAUCAAAUAGCAAAAAUAUAAAAUAUAUGUAGGUUGGUUAUACCUGCUGUAAUGGUUCAACAGCAGAUUCUUACUCACGGAGCGAUUUCUCAGAAGAUACUAUCAGGAAACUUUAAAUUUCAGGAAGUCCUAGAACCCCAAAAUAUAUAACAUUGAAUACAAGUAAUGACAUUUCUCCCAUAUUGGCAGCUGGCCCCCUCCCAUUCCCAGGAAACAGCAGGGAAAUUGCAGGAGAGCCAUGUAAGAGGAAUGGGAAGUGUUAUAUAACCAUCACAAAAGGGACAGCCGCCCUCACUAUUGUAAACAGAGUUACCAUGGACACCCCAGAGAAUGGCAAAGGAAGCAGGCACAGAGCCAACUUCUGAUCAGCCUCUCAUGCAGCUCUGUCAGCCUCCGACCCAGUGUUUAGCCUCCAAACUGCCUUGCUUUGAAGGAGAGGCGUCCGGCUGCGAGGAGCGAUGACAGAGGUGACCCGAGAGGGGUUCGGACACUUGCCCCAGAAGGGAGGAGGAGGAGGAGGAGGGGCUGUUGAAAAGUUCCUGCUGAAAUCAGACAGUGUGAGAGUGGAGAUUCUCUCCUUAGGCUGUAUAAUCACGGCACUGGAAACCAAGGGCAGGGAUGGGAAGCUCUCCGACAUUGUCCUGGGUUUUGAUCGCUUGGAAGGUUAUGUCAACAAACACCCCUACUUCGGAGCCACUAUUGGGCGAGUUGCUAACAGAAUUGCUAAUGGGAAAUUCACGGUGGAAGGCAAAGAAUAUCGGUUGGCCCUCAACAACCCACCCAACAGUCUGCAUGGAGGGAACAAAGGAUUUGACAAGGUUCUCUGGACCCCGGAGGUGCUGCUAAAUGGCAUACGCUUCUCCAGAACGAGCCCCGAUGGUGAGGAAGGGUAUCCUGGGGAACUAAAAGUCUGGGUGACCUACACACUCGAUGGUGGGGAACUAGCAAUAAACUACCGAGCUCAAAGCAGCAGCACUACUCCUAUUAGCCUGACAAACCAUGCCUACUUCAAUCUAGCAGGCCAGGGAUCACAUGAUAUCUACAACCAUAUGGUCUCCAUAGAAGCAGACUCUUACUUGCCUGUGGAUGACACCCUGAUCCCUACUGGAGAGGUGGCUCCGGUGCAGGACACAGCUUUUGAUCUGAGGAAGCCGGUAGAGCUUGGAAGACACAUGCAGAAGUUUCAGCUCCCUGGCUUUGACCAUAACUUCUGCCUGGAACAGUCGGAGGCUCGACGCUACUGUGCAAGAGCACACCAUCCCCCUAGUGGCAGGACGAUGGAGGUUUACACCACUCAGCCUGGAAUCCAGUUCUACACUGGAAAUUUCCUGGAUGGCUCGCUGGAGGGCAAAGGGGGCUCUGUGUAUCCCAAGCAUUCAGCCUUCUGCCUUGAAACACAGAACUGGCCGGAUGCAGUUAAUAAGCCCCAUUUCCCCAGUGCACUGCUGCGGCCAGGAGAGGAGUACAAUCACACAACUUGGCUCAAGUUUACUGCAGCUUGAGGAGUCACCUCUGCAGCCACAAGAAGAAAUUCAUCACAAAGUGCUCUGAGUAGUGGGAGGGGAGCAGGGGAAAUCACUUAAAAUAGCAGCAGGAGCUUCCAAAUUUCUGCAGCAUAGGCAGAGGUGACAGGUGCAGGGACAUCUCUGAAGGAUGGAGUUUGUAAAAGCUCUCGACACUGGCUUGGCGGCUCCCAUUGGAAUCACUGGUAAAGCUCCCCUUGAUGUCAACAGAGGGAGAGUUAGGCCAGCACUGAGGCCCUGAUCCCCAAAGGGACUUAUGCACCUAACUGCCAUUGAUUUCAGUAGGAAUUAAGCACCUAAAUACCUUUAAAACCUGGCCCUUAGUGACUACAAAACUUGUCUUCCUCAUCCAUCAAUUGGAUCAUGUCAAGGCCUCUUUUAAACUCCUCUCCCCUUUCUCCUUCCCCGGCGGGUAGUGUUCGAUGUAUCAGGUAAUCGAUUUAUCGCGUCUCAUCUAGACGCGAUAAAUGGAUCGGUGAAUCGACGCCUGUACUCCACCUCGACGGGGGAG